AGCGCCACCUGGCAAAAGUAAUGCCUGUAAAAACUUUAAACAUUCUCUCCGGAUAAACACUUUGUUAACUGUAUCUGAUUGUGAUGCUACAUGUAGCAUGGUGGAAGCUGCGGAUUAAUAAACACUCGCUGGAUUUACCAGUUCAGGAUGUGAAGCAGCGGCGCUCUAAGUUGAUAGUCACCCGGAUGUACCUCGGACAGACUAUCCUCCGUAUAAUCAUCGAAUUUGCAUUCAUCAUUACUCAGUCAUCCAUAUAUGGAUUUCACAUUCCGAGUGAAUACACAUGUCAAUUAGAAGAGCGAGUUGUGCUGAAUGUAGCCGUGCACUACAAAUGUGAUGUGCUGAAAGCAAAAGAGAAGGCCUCUUUCCUAAUAGUAGUGCUAGUGUGUACAGUUCUGGCACUAGUGGUGCAUGUAUGUGACCUGAUAAGGACUGUUCUAAAAAUCUCAAAAGGAGAAGAGAAGUCCUUAUUCCCAGCACUCAGGGAGGAAGAAUACAUCAAGCCAGUCUGGGUGCGGCCACCUGAUCCAGUUGAUGAAGUAUUUGAGUGUGAAAAUGUCUCAAAGUUGCAAGAGAAACUUGAAUCGCAAAACCUUAUAGCCUUAACCGGACCCCCAGGUUCUGGAAAGACCCAACUGGCUCUUCAUUACGUCAGAGAGUUCUCCAAGCGCAACAAUAACAGCAUAUGCUUCACUUUCAACUCUGUCUCUCCCGAUUCAAUCAUAGUGGACGGCAAACUGUUCCUCAGCCAGUUUAAGUUGAACAUUGAGAUACUCGACAAUGGACACCUGGUUGAGACAGCCAAGGGACUUUUGCGGAGUAUUGCCGAGGAGCUCAUGCAAUAUAGUAAUAUUGUAAAUGUGUUCUUAUUUGAAGACGCGACUUUUGAAACUGCAUCCCUCGUAAGAGAUGUGUUCAACGAUAACCAAAGCUUUAUAGUGAUUAUUACUUCAAACGCACGUUUGUUUGAUAAUGAGAAUUUGAAGAUGGAAGUCAAUGGCUAUACCGCUGACGAUGUUAUGAACUUGGCGAUGUCUGAUCGAUAUAAAGAUCGGUUUACUGACGAUGACAUGCUCCGAUUGGCUGAAAAACUUGAUUUUUCUCCAUUAGGAAUACACGCAGGCUGUGAAUAUAUUAUAAGUAUUGAAGGUACGAUAAAUGAUUACAUCGCACUCUUAAAUAGUUUCACGUUCCCGACUGUAUCUGACCUUGAAGAAGAGAUAGUCCAUAACCGAGGCUAUAAAAAGACAUUACUGCAGUUAGUAAUGGAAUCGUACUGUGAGCUAUCCCGCGUUUGCAAAGAUGACAUCAUAGUCUAUAUGCUGAAUAUUGUUGCCACUCUUGGCUCUGAUCCAAUACCAUUCGGACUCCUUGAUUGGAUAAUAAGAGAAAAAGAAGGCCCCUUGCACUCACAUAUUAUGGACCAAAAGAAAAUCCAUUUGGUGGAACUGGUCAAGCGAUUCCACCUUGGUACCAUGGUGACGGAUUCAAACAAACACAAGAUGAUAAAACUCCACAAUCUAGCCAGGGUUGCCAUAGUGAUAAGCUGGCCUGAAGAAGACAAGAAAAAGCUAUUCCACGACAUGCUGUUGAUCCUCGAUGACCAGUUUGAUAAAGACAUGCGGAACAUGCAUGACUUCCAGUUUAUUCUGGAACUACUCCCGCAUGUAAACAAUGCACUAUAUGGAGAACUCCUCCCCAAGGCUAUGUUAUAUGACAUCCGGAUCCGUGUUUUACAAAUCCGCCUCUUGGACGUCUUAAACCAUUUACACACACAGACAGGAUUAACCAAGAUCUUCAAAGAGGAAAACUAUUCAAAAGCAAAACAACAGUUUUACUCAUUGAUAAACAACAAUGUCGAUCCGGUCUUAGCAGAACCUAGGUUAAAUCAGCAGGUUGAGGAAAUAUUGACGGCAGAAUCUCAGAGGUGGGAGAAUAUUACAUGUGAGGAGUUUGUUAAGACGAAGGCACGGAUUGUUUAUGAAAGUGUCACCAAAAUUGACGUACCAGAAGACCUGGUUGUUAACCUUGUAUGCACGAGACGUCUCAAUAACGAUGAUAUCAAGGUAUUACAGAUGAGGAUGGAUGACCGUGGACAUCCAAAUGUCUUCAUACCUGAUGGACACCUAACGAUCGAAUGGUACGAUAAACUUGUUGAAAAUGAUGCUGCGGUAAGUGUGGAAUCCAUCAAAAAAGUGUUCCUCUUAGAGUUUAUGCUGACGAUACUAUAUACGCAUGGUCGGAUGUACUUCUACCAGAAAAACCAGGAUGAGGUAGAUGAAGAUGCGAAACAAGUGUUUGAACAUGAUUUGAGACUUGCCUUUGAACUUGGUAAUAUUAUAAAAGAAAAGAUAGGAAUUCAGAUCACCACUUUGUUGCUUGCUGAGAGAAAUGGCAUUCUCUACUUUGAUUUGGACAGUGGAAAACGACAGAAAAUGGAAUAUGCAAUGUUAAGAUACAAAGCUUUGUUGGCUGAUGAAAGUGACUAUUUCGAGCGUGGAAUACUAAAGAUGGUCCCCGCUAAGGAUCCAUAUCACCGCAUAAACUGCCUGCGUCAGUUGGUGCAAUAUUGCCAGCUCGUUGCUGACAUGGAAACAAAAGCACAUAGAAAACAGGAAAAAUACAAGGAAGGUCGAAAAGAAGCAAAAGAACUUUUGAAAAUAAUCAAUGGGCGGGCAUACCAUAACAAAGCAAUAUCAUAUAUCACUAUUGGUGACCUAGAAAUGACCCAAGUUGAGUUUGGUACUCGUCAUCUAAACGAUGCUAUUGGUAUGUAUCAUCAAGCACUGGAACUUGAAGAGAAAAAACUGCCGCAGCACAGCCGUAAUAUGUUAAAAGCUCUUUAUGGGUUGACUAGGGCAAUGUUCCUUCGCUGUGAUAGCAAAAAUGAAGAUUGGGUAAAGGCAAAGGACUAUGCUAUGAGAUUGAUCGAGAUUUGCGAAGAGAGAAACAUUAAAACUGAUCUUAAAGGACAGGCACAGAAUCUUCUUAAUGACAUGCAAGUUGGAGCAUUUGAAGCAGAUUCAAGAGUAUAAGGAUAAUUCAAGUCAAACUGAAGAUGGGUCUUAUAAGCCACUCUAUUUAUAUUGUUAACAAUUUUAACAAUUAAUCUUAAGAAUUAUGUUUUAUACAAUUAUAUCCUGAACAAAAUGCUGUUUGCAGUAUAUUGGGUGUCCCAAAAAAAGUGAUACGCAUUUUUGACAAGUAUUUUCUCAGCAGUAGAUAAGCAAUAGAUACUAAUUAUCCCAUCGAACGAAGUUUGGAUUGAUAUAGG